AAAAAAAAUUGAAAAUUUUAUUACAUUUUCCUGAAAAAAGACAUAUUUUUAGUGCUUUUCACUGUUUAAUUAUUAUACGAUUAGUUUUAUUUCUAUUAAGUGAAGUUCACCAUCUUUCAACGAAUCUCUAAAGUACACCAGUAUAGUAAUAUUUGACGCAGUAUAAGAAUUAUUUAUUACACUUCCAUUCCAAAGCUUUGCAGUGAUAAUCAUCAUUCCCUUUUACGAAACCCAUGCAUCUUUGUUCAAAUAUUUCCGAAUAAUCAACCACAUAACUGAACCAACCCGUAGCUAUGGAUAGCACUCGUACUUUACCGCCGAGAAAAAAUCUGACACCGACCAGACUGAGUAAGCAAUACUUGAGUCCAUUACAGACUCUAUUGCAGAUGGGGUUUCAAAGGCAUCGAGCCGAAAAAGCUCUCGCCGCCACCGGUCACAGAGGAGCUCAAUUGGCAGCUGAUUGGUUAUUGGCUCAUGUCAACGAUCCUACGUUAGAUUCGCCGUCCCCUAGAGAAUAUAUUCUGUACGCUUGUCCUUACGGAGAAUUUGUUCAACAGUUGGAAGUAUUUUGGAAUAAAACUCGCGAAGAAUGCGGUUGGAAUGGUGCUCUGAAUUUCAUCCCUCAUGUCACAUUAGUCUCUUUUUUCAAGGCACCGGAUGACUGCUCUUUACAACUAGUUCAAACUCUAGAUCAAGUCGUUAAACAAGAACUAGAAGCGAAAGAUAACGUCGAUGGGUUCACAUUAGAGCCAUACAUUUCGCCCAAUUUUAUGGGUUUAUUUAUUUCGGAAGACAACUCCACCGUUUUGAAACGAAUCGCUUUGCAGUACGUUAAAGAAGUAUCGAACGCGAUCAUUAACGAUAAUUACGAACAGUUGGACGCGAUUGCGACUUGUUUUCCAUGGUGUACUACUGCAACGAGUAGAUUUUCAAUUUUACCCAAAAAUAUGCAAUCAAUUUCUCUAGAGCCUCAUGUGAAAUCUUUGCAUCUCACAUUAGCUUAUCAAUUCCAACCAGAUGAUUUUGAAAAAUUAAAGCAACUUAUACACGAUACCAUCGAUUCCAGUUUACUUACACAAUGGGAAAUCAGACUCUACUCGAGAGAUACCAGAGUAGCCGGAAAAUUGGUUUACAAAGUUAUCUAUUCUCAUUUACCGAAAGAAUCCGAUGAAUUGGAAUUAAGAAUAGGCGAUUUUAUUUACGUUAAUGAAGAUGCUGUGGCCAAUUCACCUGAUGGUUGGGUUGAAGGAACUUCCUGGCUUACGGGUUGUUCCGGAUUAUUCCCUAUUAAUUAUACCGAACGUACCGCCGAAACUGAUUCUUGGACUUUACACAAAUCGGUACCUUUGUUCGAACAAGACAACGAACCAGAAGCUGCUGAACUUCCAGUAUCGGAUUAUUUGUGUACUAGCAAUAUGACCAGUUACGAUAACGCUAGCACUGCUUCUAUGUGCUCUUUGAAUACUAACGAAGCUGAGAAUAACGCUGGGAUUCAAAAUAAACCAUCGUCCGAUAUAUUAGUAAUGCGUCACGGAGAACGAGUAGAUUUCACGUUCGGUAAUUGGAUUCCGACUUGUUUUAAUAAAGAAGGGAAAUACAUUCGUACAGAUCUGAACAUGCCGGUGAUUUUACCACAAAGACAGAAUUACCCGAAUUCCUUCAAGGAAGACACGCCCUUGACUAAUGUAGGCUUAUUAGAAGCUAAAUUAACCGGUGAAGCUUUAGGAUUAGAUGGUAUCACAGUAAAGUACGCUUAUUGCUCUCCAGCUCUUCGUUGUGUUCAAACUUGCCACAGCCUUCUAACUGGUAUGGGUAUCAGUGAUAAGUUACCUAUCAGAAUUGAACCAGGUUUAUUCGAGUGGUUGACUUGGUACACGAAUUAUUAUCCAGAAUUUAUGACCGACGAUGAAUUAAUCGCCGCCGGUUACGAUAUAGAUAAAACUUACGAGCCUUUCAUGACUCGAGACGAAUUGAAGACUCAUCUGAAAGAAAAUUGUGACCAGUAUUACUCGCGAAAUUUCGAAGUUGUCAAGAAAUCUUUGAAAACUGCAGACGAACAAGGUCCAGGAUACAUUUUGAUCGUAGCUCAUGCUUCGUCAUUGGAUACCUGCUCCAGACAACUGAUGGGUUUAGAACCUCGUAAAGAAGAAGCUAUGAGCAAAAUAAUGAUGAAAGUGCCCUACUGCAGUGUCGUACACUUGGAGAAGCAGAACUCUCUAUGGACAUUGAACGAAUCACCCGUACCUAGUAUAAGUCACUCGUUGAAUAAACGCUUCGAUUAUAAAGUUCUAAUAGACGAGUGAAAUAAGUAGUGAUACUUCAUCAUAUCGCUCAGACUGAUUAAAUCCGUAGUCUUAUUUUUAGCUAAGAUGAGUUUUUAAAUGCAGUAUUUCUUUAUUUUUUAAAACACAUUAUUGCUGUACCUAUUUAAAUUGAGUGAAGCCGAUGUAAAAGAUUAUUCAUUUUUUUUUUUCAAUUUGUUACUUUUUUACAGAUAUUAGAUUUUAACUAAGUAUUGUUUUAUGUUGCGGUAUAAAACAUUCGCGAUUGA